AUGCAGAAGGCGGGGCUGCUUCCAAGUGUCUGUUCCCAAGCGUGGAGAUCUUUGCGGAUGGCCAGCUCCGGGAUGUCCCGCCCGCACCCACUCGCGAAUAAGGUGGCUUUAGUAACAGCCUCCACCGACGGGAUAGGCUUGGCCAUCGCCCGACGCCUGGCCCAGGACGGGGCCCACGUGGUCGUCAGCAGUCGGAAGCAGCAGAACGUGGACCGAGCAGUGGCCACGCUGCAAGAGGAGGGGCUAAGCGUGACAGGCACCGUGUGCCACGUGGGAAAGGCUGAAGACCGGGAGCGACUGGUGGCCACGGCUGUGAAGCUUCAUGGGGGUGUGGACAUCCUGGUCUCCAAUGCUGCUGUCAAUCCUUUCUUUGGAAACCUAAUGGAUGUCACUGAGGAGGUGUGGGACAAGAUUUUGGACAUCAACGUGAAGGCCACAGCCAUGUUGACAAAGGCAGUGGUGCCAGAGAUGAAGAAACGAGGAGGCGGCUCAGUGGUGAUUGUGGCCUCUCUAGCAGCCUACACCCCCUUUCCUGGACUGGGCCCAUACAAUGUUAGCAAAACAGCCUUGGUGGGCCUUACCAAGAACCUGGCCAUAGAAUUGGCUGCAACAAAUAUUAGAGUGAACUGCCUGGCCCCUGGACUCAUCAAGACCAACUUCAGCCGUGUGUUAUGGAUGGAGAAGGCAAAUGAGGAAAGCAUAAAAGAACUCCUGCGUAUAAAAAGGAUAGGCAAACCAGAAGAGUGUGCAGGCAUAGUAUCUUUCCUGUGCUCUGAAGAUGCUAGCUACAUCUCUGGGGAGACAAUGGUGGUGGCUGGAGGGGCCUCCUCCCGGCUCUGA